AUGGGUGAAGAAGCCCUAGCAAGUGGUGAAACUCCAGUCGGCUGCGUACUCGUCCAUAAUGACGAAGUCAUCGGGUCUGGUAUGAACGACACGAAUAAGUCGAUGAACGGGACCAGACAUGCAGAAUUCCUAGCUAUUGAAGAAGUGUUGAGGAAAUCAGGCAUGUCUAUUUUGGGUGCGCAAAUGAACGUUUUGGAGGGACUGGAGGUGUCCUCAAUUUACACUCCGAGUGAGUCCAUGUCUACCUUCUACAACCGACAGGGAUCCGUUGCUAAAACUAUCGGCAUUACUUUCGGUAGCCCAGGAAUUGAUCCACCAUAUGGCCUUACGGGAGGACUAUUCCGGAAGGAAGCAAUUAUGUUAUUACGCCGAUUUUAUAUCCAAGAGAAUGAAAGAGAUCUUUAUUCUUUUUCUCGCUUCAAAAACUCAUCAUUCAACCUAGCGCCCAACCCAAAACCGAAAAAAGGUCGGGAACUAAAGAAUGAUUUUGGCGAAGAUGCGAGCAUGGGGAUGGAAUUCGCGGAGAUUUUGCCCCUGACAUAA